UUAACCAGUUAACCUCGAAAUUCCUGUAAUCAACUCAAAUUUAAUCAGUUUCAUGAUUACUAUGUGAUGAAAUUUUUAAAUUUUGCCGAUUUUGAAAGCAUUUUGUAGAACUUAUCAGUGUUUCAGUUGCCUUAACUCAAAUGCUACCUUAUUUCUGUCACUCUCUUUCAUUUGCCACUCAACACCCUAAGUUACAAGCUGUUAUCAAUCUUUCAAGCGAUUGUCUCGUCCUUGAUUUUGAUUAUGCAUCCUAGUUAUCACAAUAUCCUGUUUUUAAAGGGUUGCUCCUAAUCCUUAAAUUAUUCCUUGGAAUGAAAUGGAAAGCCCGGUUCCAUCAACUGCUCGCAAAAAAGUUUUCGCUCGGUGUGAAUAUUGUGCGAACAUCACAUUUCCGUUGGUGAAAGAUUUCUUGAGCCAUCUCCGAGAAAUCCAUUGUUCCAAAGAAGGAGGCUCGUUCGUCUGCCGCUAUGGAGAAAAUGGUGUAUGUUCUUCCUUGCCAGUGGAAGGCGUGAGCGAUGAAGACUAUGAGCGACACGUGUACAAACAUCACGCUCUGACGAUAAUGAGUGGUGUGGAGCAGCGGAAAAUCUCCACUGCGUCAAAUGCCAGCAACUCAUCCAAUGAUUUAUCAUCUCUGAACAAAUGGUCCCUUUAUUCUGCUUCUCAGAAUCUAGCAGCAGUCCUCAAUGAUCCAAAUAAAGGGAAAAAGAGGGACUUCUUCACCAAAACGUGGGGUGAUAGUUUUGUAGAAGUCUCUAAUGUUCCGCCUCCCAAUUAUCUGCCAAAUAUAACCAUCAGUCAUUUCCAAUCAUACUUAAAAAAGUUUGCAAAGCGAUGUAAAGCCCAUGAGCAGAUUUCAUCUCUGGGUCCGAAACCACCACCCAACGCAGAAUUGCUCCAACACUUUCCUGAACUCCGAGUCUCAAAGACAGCUGUUGAGAAAAGUCAUUUUGAUUUAUCGCUAAUUCCAAAAAUUUAUCUUCAAUUAAAUUUUGAUCUCAAUCAAGUUGAAACUUUCAAUGCUGUCUUUCCUCACAUCAAAGAGGGUCAGAAUAACUUCAGUCAGUCUGCUGAUGGACACUCGCCAAAGAAUUCUGCCAAAUUAUUGCAAGAGCAGUUGAGUCACUAUCUGGAUAUUGUGGAGGUGCUAAUUGCUCAGCAAGUUUCUGCCAAGUCGGAUGCAUUUUUUGAUGCGAUGACGUCUCAUGAUGCGCUCAUGGAGCAGCUCACGCAAACCAUUAGUACAGUACAAACGUUAAGGAAAAAAAUUCGGGAAAUAGAAAAUAAUCUAGUCAAGGAAUCUUUUCUGGUCAUGAGAGCAAAUCGAUCAAGGAACAAUCAACGUCAAGUCCUUAAGAAGCUUCGACAAAUGGCAGUUGUCUUACAAACGAAGCCUAACAUUCACAUGUUACUAGCCAUUCCUGACUAUGUUGCUGCCUUAGAUUUAAUUCAUACAACACAAGAUCUGUUAUCACAAGAAUUAGCAGGUAUUCACAGUUUCCGCAACCUAAACUCUGAGUUGAAUGAGAUGCUCUUCUUAAUUGACAAUCUGAUGGCAGGUGAAUUUCAGAAAUAUGCCACGACAGAUCUUAAUCGACCUCUCUUGGAUUCUCAGGCUAACAUCCUGGAAGGGAUGAUGGUGUUGUCCAAUACGGAAAAACUAUCCUGCAUUGUUCUGGGGAUGCUGCGCAGACGUUACUUUGAUUUUGUUGAUGCCUAUCGUCAAGAAGUUGUCGAUGCGAUAAGAGCAGCUGUUAAUUCAUGCGUUACAGAGAUAGUUGCGAGAAGUGAGUCAGACCAUCAUGGCUCAGCUAGCGAGCACCAAAGUCUCGACAAUCAGCUGAAGUUUUUAACUGUCGAAGAGUGGAUCCAAUUAAUGAGGAUUGUUGCAGUUGCCUUAUCUCACCUAGUCAAACGAAUCAAGGCUGCUCACGAUGUGAUGAAAGAGGCAGUAGAAGUUAGUAGGCGGAAAACGUCAUCAUCUGAUAAAAGAACUGAACCUACCCCAGAGUGUUUUUUAUCAGAAGAAGACUAUGAAAGAAUGAUUCAAAAACUGAAAUCCCUGAUGUCUUCGUGUUGUAAAUAUGCUCAAGAUAGGUGUGCACAGUUAUUAUCCAGUCGAUCAGUUACCAAUAAUGAGUCUCGUGAUAAAGACAGACCAAAUUUAAACGGUGAUAGUAGCCCUUCGUUUUGGUUAGCUGAACAAGCAACGCAAACUCAACUAAGCGAGCUCUCCAAAUCUGUAGAUAUCCUUUGCAACGAAUGUGAAGCUGCUUGUGCAGAUAACUUUGUUUCUUCUCUACGCUCUGCCUUCAAGUCUCAGUCAAAUUCUUUCAUGCAGAGAUUCCAUUCUGAUAAGACCACAAAAUUACGCUUAAUCUUGGAUAGUGAGACGUGGAAGCAAGCUGAAGUUCCUAUUGAAUUCCAGUUUUUAGUCAAUCAGAUCGCUGAAUCAGGUAAAUUCAGUGUAUCAAAAGAAGAACAAGAUAGAUUCAAACUUGAGCAGAAUGGAAAAUCUAGCAGCACUCUAGUCGUAGGCAAUGAGCAUUUUGCCGUUGUAGGAACUGUAUUAAUUUUAAUUAGCAUGGUAGCAGAUUAUUGCAUAAAAGCAGAGGAUCUUACCCUCUCUGCUCAAUCACUUCUGCGUUAUGUGUCGGAAUUACUUCAACUGUACAAUGCACGAUCGUCCCAAUUAGUUUUAGGAGCCGAGGCAGUGGCAAUCAAUAGGUUAAGAAAAAUAACAAGUACCAAUUUAGCGCUGGCUUUGCGGGCAAUUCAGCUUCUUUUGUGGCUCAUUCCAUUUGUAAAACUUCAUUUUCAAGGUCUGAUAUCAGAAACGACAAGUGUGACAAGUCUGGAUACAGUUGCGCAGAAAAUGAAAACGCAUGCUCGAGAUAUUCAAGGGAAACUCAUUUCUAUAGUCAAUCAAAUAGUCGAUAAUGAGUUAAGGUCAUGGGAGGCCAAGCCUCCAAUACCCUCCAAGUCGUUUCAAAAUUUGUGCAAGUAUUUAUGCAAACUUCAUGAGGCCAUUGCCUGUGUUCUACCUAAAAAUCAAGUCCAUGAGUUGUAUAGACUGAUCAAUGUUGCCUUCAAGGAUAGUCUUCGCAACCAUUUGCUGAGGAUGAAUAUCAUUAACAAUGGAGGGCCCCAACAUGGGAUGGUAACAUCGGAACUAACUUUUUACUUAGAAGAUUUAAAACGAAUAUCAGCCCUUCCAGAGGAAGAGCUUACACUCUCAGCUAUGGAUGAUAUUUGGAUCGCCCAAAAAUUAUCGUAACAUUGGUUUUAACUCAAGGGAAGUCUGAUAAAUAUCUCUCCUCUCCAGAAAGGAGUUUUCUCCUGAAUUGUGAAUCCUUAAAUUUACGGUGCAUUUAAGUAUACAUCAAAUAUGUUUUAAUUAAUUUUUACACCACUAGAAUUGUAAGCUUUACUUUUUUAAUAUCAUCAACCGGUAUUGAUCAAAUUAGAGUUUUAGUGAGUUUUUUUCUCACUUCUCAAGACAUGGAAUUCACUACAGUGAAGUUCUUGCCUUUUAUCUGUUCAGAAAAUUGAAAUUUUGAUCUGUGAUUCUCUUUGAAUGUGUAAGAAUUUUAAUCUAUAGUCGUUAUCAUGAAGACACAAUGAUACAAAGAUGUAUUUUUAGCAUGUUCAUGUGACAUCAUGUCAUAUAGCAUAUGAUUUCCAUCAAAACAAUUAAUACCUUUGACUUUUACCCCUGACAAAAAAAAAUAAAAUAUCAAUGAAUGGCAUUUAAACAUAAACUUUAGUUCAAAUUUCACCAUUUUUGGAAAAAAAUGUAUUUUCCUACGUAACUUUUUUGUAAGACUCUCUCACAUUGAGGAAA